CCCUUUCCUCCCCUUCUUUUCAGGUGAAACAAGAAGGGUAGAGGGGCUAUAGCUGGCUAAUUUCCCCUCUCCCAGGACAGCAUAUAAGGCUCUGGUAAAUUUUCCCUUGGACUGUUGGCUUUUGUCAUGGAGAACAGUGCAAGCUUAUUUCAAAACCGUUACUUUCCCCUGGAUGUUUUUCAAAAGGGUUCUGUUCUCCUUCCCCUUACUCAAAAGGGAGAAGAUUUUUAUUGGAUCUUUAUCCUGGGCAUUGUUACUUUUCUCCUCCCCUUACCAAAAAGGGGAGGAGAUCAUUCUUGGAUCUUCAUGUUCAGAACCUGGUGAAGUCCUGGAGGGUAAAGCCAAAAGAUUGUGGAGGGUUCUCGUUGGAUUGGGUCCGUUGGAGUUCUUACUUGCAAGCCUUUGUUGAAAUUAGCAUUUAAGUUUUCUCCCCAGUGUAUUUCUCUAGCACCUUCUGCUCCAGGAGCACAGUCACUUGGUGUGCCUACUUCACUUCUUUUAAGCGAAAGAACAGCGGACAGGCAGCAUGAGUGACUGGGGUUCCUUAGGCCAGCUCCUCGGCAAGGUUCAAACCUACUCCAACCCUGGAGGGAAGGUAUGGCUCUCCAUCCUUUUCGUAUUCCGAAUCCUGCUCCUGGGGACAGCAGUUGAGUCAGCCUGGGAUGAUGAGCAGUUUGCCUUUCGUUGUAAUACUCGGCAGCCCGGUUGUGAAAACGUCUGCUACGAUAAGUCCUUCCCGAUCUCUCAUGUGCGCUUCUGGGUGCUGCAGAUCAUAUUUGUGUCUGUCCCCUCACUUUUGUACCUAGUGCAUGUAUUCUACUUGCUGCGCAAGGAACAUAAUUCGAAAAAGAAAGGGGAGGAACUCACAGUUGCUCAAACCAAUGAUGUCAACAUGGAGGAAAUCAGAAUCGAAAUCAAGAAGUUCAAGUUCAGCGCUGAAGAACACUAUAAGGUGAAAAUGAGAAGGGACUUGCUGCGAAUCUAUACUGUCAGCAUCUUCUUCAAGUCUCUUUUCGAGGUGGUCUUCCUGCUGAUCCAGUGGUACAUCUAUGGAUUCAGUCUAAACGCGGUUUACACUUGCAUACGAGACCCCUGCCCGCAUCAAGUGGACUGCUUCCUUUCUCGCCCCACAGAGAAAAAUAUCUUCAUUCUCUUCAUGCUAGUGGUGUCCUUGGUGUCUCUUGCUUUGAACAUCGUCGAGCUAUUCUCUGUCUUCGUCAAGAGCAUUAAGGACCGCGUGAAGGAUUCAGAGAGUGAGUCUUACUAUGUUAUAUCUGGUCUGCUGGGUCCCUCCAAAGACAGUUCAUCAGUUAUUGCUCUCUCUGACAUGUCCGUUCCCAGGAACAAGCUUGUUCCCGGAAACGCAAACAGUUCUUCCUGCCUCAGUUACAGCAAACAAGGAAAUGAGCAAAACCAUGCUAAAUAGAGUGCAUAGCAAGGUUUAAUGGGGCAGGCAAGAAGCACCGCCUCUCCACUCGCUCACACAGCCUUUUAAUUUCCCUGAUGAUAAGCAGAUUCUGAGGGAAAAAACAAAAACCCUAGCUACUGGGCAGUAGCCAUUGUAGACAGCAGCCAUUCUGCAAAGCCAGCAGUCAUGCCAGCAGCAGCCUUGAUGACCUAGAGAUCUAGACACAUGCUUGAAAGCAUUAUGAUUUUGCUCAAUUGUUAAAGUAAAAGGAAGGUACAAUGGAGAGUGUACUUUUGUUCCAGUGGAAGCGGUACUGAACACUGUCAGUCACGAGGCUUAGUGGACAUACAGGGUUCUUUUGGAGUAUCUGGGAUAGGAGGGGAGAGACGGGGAGGGAUUAAUCAGAGGAACAUCUUGGUAUUUAAAAUGGUUGACUCGAAGAAUUUACAUUUUAAAUAAAGUCUCCAUCAGGUGGUACAUAAGUAAAGACUUUCUCUCCCAUAUUCCCCACGAAUGGUUCAGUGUAUAUGAAGGAGUGAUAGAUAUUUGUGAUGUGUUGGUACAAACAGACACAGUAUAAACUCAUGAACAUGGAUUAUUAAAAUAAUGCAGUGUUCAAAUUUGAGCCUUUGUCACAGAUUUUGUGGUAUGGGCCAUAUGAUGUUUACAUUACAUAAUUCCUACUGUGAAAGUGAAGCACUCCUCCCUCCCCCACUCAGAUGCCCCCCUUCAGCCACUUUAUUCUAUUAGGGACACUGGUUCUGUUCAUUAUGAUUUUUUUCUUUUGUAGAAAGAUGUCGGGAAUGAUGUCCUUUUUCUGAAAUGUAAUCAUUGAUACUUGAAUGAUACACUUUUAGUUCUGUGAACAGCAGUCAAUGUGAGAAACUUAAAAGGAACGAAUAGAGCUGAACUAUUAAAUGUUCUUACAUGAAUUUUGCAGUAACUGAUAGUUCUUGGCUUUGUUCUACUUAAUAAACCUUACAUAACAAGCAUUAUUGUAGAACUUGUAUUCUGUUAUGAGUUUGGCGGGCAGUCUUUUGGGGUGGCUGGCAUUUUUGAUGUUUGUACUGAGAUUUGGAGUGCAAGAAAGGUUGAAAGAGGUUUGAAUAUUACCCAUGUAACUAAUGUGUUGGAAAUGUACACUAAAGAAAUCUGUUUCUUCAAAUACCUUUUCUAAAACUGACAGAUGGUUGGUGAAAAUGCCGAGCUUCAUACUUUGUUCUUGUGCGACAGCUACAUCAACAGUUUUGUACACUAAAUAGUUUAAUAUUUCACAUUAGACUACUGUCAUGUUCAGCUUUAUUAGUGCACAUGUAGACCUAGUCCAUCAUAUAGUCUAGAGAAUGUUCUUUAAUAAAGUUUAAGAGAACAACCUGCA